GGUCGUCGUGUGAGCUCCACGUUUUUCCCGCAUCCCGAAAAGCGGUCGAGUUUUCCGCGAGCUUUUCUCCGAAAAAAUAAGUUCUGUAACUUCACAAACCUAAAUAAAUAUUGUGAAAAGAAUUAAUUAUGCGAAAGUAGGAAAAACUUUUUAAAUUUUCUGAUACUUGAACACUUAAAAUUAAAAUGAAAGUUAUUGAACAGUCCCUAAUGCUGCUCAGUCUUAUCACUAAUGUGGCUCCUGGUUUUCGGCUCCGGCAGUCGACCCAAGUGGAGUAUCUUGCGAGACGGGACUGCCCGGUCAUGGAACGUAUCACUAGGUCUCAGUGUCAAAGAAUACACCAUCGACUGAUCUGCAAGGGGGGGUUUACGAGUGAAUGGACAACAGGACCCAGAUAUGAAAUAUCAGACUUGCAACUAGUCGGUUGGCCGGGAGAGUGUUUCAACGUGGGUGACAUCGAGUCUCGCUUCCCAGUGCUGAAGACUUUGGAGAUCAUCAACUGUACCAAUCUCCACAAAUUCAAAGGUCAUUUCAGUUCGGAGAGCAAGAUAGAGAAUAUGACGAUGCACGGGUUGGAAUCGCUGAUGGAGAUAGCACCGAAAGUGGUGGAAAAUAUGGCGGAACUAAGAAUUCUGGACCUGCGAGGUAACGGGCUGCGGCACAUUAAAUCUAAACUUUUGAGGGGUCCACUACGUUUGGAGCAAAUUUAUUUAAGUCGGAACCAGUGGGAUUGCAGUGACGGUGGCUUGGAUUGGCUAGCAAUGGAACGAGAAAAUGGGACAUUUAGACAGAAAAUCAUCGACUAUUAUGAUUUGGUUUGUCACCAGCAACUUUACAGAGGAAAACCCUUGCAUAAAGUUAUGGACAUUAUUUGGACCAUGAAGCGGACUUGUCCUGAUCCUUGCAUGUGUAAGAUGACUCACGUGGUGUCAGAUGCGGCUGGGAAUGUCAUACCGCUCAUCACGGUGGACUGUGCGAACAGGGGAUUGAGGGAGCCACCGGGAAGCCUACCGCCGAGCACCACUGUACUACGACUGGAAGGCAACAAGUUGAAUUCGAUAAGGAACAUUAUACACAAUCCUAAGUACCAGAAACUGGUCGACUUAAUUCUGGAUAACAAUAGCAUAUCGGCGGUCAAGGAGUUGGAGGGAUCGGAAUGGUUCAACACAUUCAGAGUAUUAAGUCUUCGAGGCAACAAGUUGAAACAGAUUCCAUUGUACGCAUUCGACCAGGCAUUCCAAGUAAACAAUAAUAUUAUGGAAGUAUACCUUGGGCACAAUCCUUGGAGAUGUGACUGUCAUUUUAUCCCGAGAUUCCAGUCUUUGCUAAGAAAAUACAAGAGGGUGAUACGUGAUCUGACUGACAUCAGAUGCUCGAAAUCCAGCGAUAAGUCAACAUCUUUGGUACAGAUAAGUACAAUGCCCCUCGGAAACGUAUGUAGCGACGAUGUAGAGAUGCCGAUCAGUCCAAUAAAUAUAGUCAAUUUAACACUACUUCUUCUUAUAGUGCUGGUUGUAGGCAGGUUUCUGUAUGAUUGGCGUAGUUUUAAAGCCACUGGGAAACUGCCAUGGCUUUCGUCUAUAUUGCCUUAGUGUUAAUAAA